AAGGAGCCCACCUGUUGCAACGAAGACCCAGCACAGCUUCAGCCCCAGCCGUAGGCACAGCCACCGGCACAACCCCAGCCCCAGCUCCUGCUGCAGCUCCUCCAGACUCCGUCCCUACACCGACGUCCUGGAGGUUGGGAUGCUCUUGUCCAAAUCCAACUGUCUUGCCUGCCUGCAUGCCGCGCCCUGCAACAACCUGCACGCCACCAAGCUGGCGCCCGGCAAGGAGAAGGAGCCCCUGGAGUCACAGUGCCAGGUGGGCCCGCUCCUGGGCAGCGGCGGCUUUGGCUCCGUCUACUCCGGCAUCCAUGUCACCGACCACUUGCCAGUGGCCAUCAAGCACGUGGAGAAGGACUGUAUUUCAGGCUGGGGAGAGCUGCCUGAUGGCACCCGAGUGCCCAUGGAAGUGGUUCUGCUGAAGAAGGUGAGCUCGGGCUUCCCCGGCGUCAUCAGGCUCCUGGGCUGGUUCGAGAGACCCAGCAGUUUCGCCCUGGUCCUGGACAGGCCCGAGCCAGCAGCGCAAGAACGCUUCGACUUAAUCACGGAAAUGGGGGCCCUGCAGGCGGAGCUGGCCCACAGCUGCUUCUGGCAGGUGCUGCAGGCCGUGCGGCACUGCCGCAGCUGCGGGGCGCUUCACCGCGACGGCAAGGAUGAGAACACCCUUAUCGACCUCAGUCGCGGUGAGCUCAAACUCAUCGACUUCAGGUCGGGGGCGCUGCUCGAGGACACCGUCUACACGGACUUCGAUGGGACCCGAGCAUAUAGUCCUCCAGAGUGGAUCCACUACCAUCGCUACCAUGGCAAGUCAGCAGCCGUCUGGUCUCUGGGGAUCCUGCUGUAGGAUAUGGUCUGUGGAGAUAUUCCCUUUGAGCACGACGAGGAGACCAUCAGGGGCCAAGUUUUCUUCAGGCAGAGGGUCUCUUCAGCGUGUCAACAUCUCAUUAGAUGGUGCUUGGCCCUGAGACCAUCAGAUCGGCCAUCCUUCAAAGAAAUCCAGAACCAUCCAUGGAUGCAAGAUGUCCUCCUGCCCCAGGAAACUGCUGAGAUCCAUCUCCACAGCCUGUUGCCAAGGCCCAGCAGAUAGCUUCUGGGCAGGUUCUCCCUUCUCUGUCAGAUGCUUAAGGGAGGGGAAGUGUGUGUUUCUAGCUUCCCAAGUACCAGUGACACUUCUCUCCAAGUAGGACAGUGCUUGAUACAGGAACAACAUUUACAACUCAUUCCAGACCCCAGGCCCUGGAGGCCACCUCCCAAAGAGAGGAGGAGACUCCAC